AAAAAAUAUGAGUUAUCAGGCAAUGUUUACUCAAACAAAUACAUUCCAAUACAAUUAAAACGUCUUCAUCUGCUCAGAAAACUAACACAUUUAAAGUUGUGUCAACUAAAUACCAGGUUUUAAGUACUGAAUACAUAAUGUUAAUAAGUUAGUAGAACUGUUUGGGUUUACAGUGUACAAUAUAAUGGCUUUCAUGAGAUGUUUGGCUAUGGAGAAUAACAUGUAGGCUGCUUCAAAUCUGACUGAAGAUGGUUCAAAUGGACUCAAUUUGCAAUUGAAACUCUAAGCCAUACAUCCAACAGAAGUGAGCGAGAGAUGUGUCUUGGACAUUUUCAUUUGUCUAUUCAAAUUUACUGAAUUUACAGUUGAGAGACUUAACCAUAUUUAUGCUGGGCUUUUUCCCAUCUUUGACUUUAUCAAGGCUGGCUCUUUGUGAGGUUCCCUGAAGACGUGUUUCUUCAACUAAGUGCACAACUUCUUCUAAACGCUAACUUCUUGAUUUACUUUCACAAGGCUUUGAAUAACAGAAAGGAAAUGAUGGAGCUUCAUGAAGUCAUAAAACAUAAAGUUAUUUCACAGUUUGUCUCUCAUUGAUCAUUUAUGUGAAUUAUUUCAAAGCUUGAAAACUGUUUUGCAUCCAGACAGCUCUGCCAGAUACCCAUGCCACCUAUUUCUUUUAAAAAGUUUGAAUAUGUUUGGAAUGGUUAAUGCUGGUCUAUCCUGAUUAUACAAUUUUUUUAAUUGUUGUGCUGUUUCUUAUCAGCAUUUCAAAUGGUGGCAUGUUUUAACAUUGAGUCUACUUCUUGGAGACACAUCAGCCAACCAGCCGAGGGCUUUGGCUACAGAGUGAUCCAGGAUAGUGCAUCACGUCUGCUGGUAAGCGCCCCUCUUGAGCAGCAUGGUGUGGAUAGGAGAGGACAGGUUUACCAAUGCCAGGUCUCAUCCAGCUCCUGUUCACCGCUACCUAUAGACGUUCCCUCAUAUGGAGUGAAUAUGUCCCUUGGCCUGUCAAUGAGCAAGACUGAAACGUCCCCAAAGACAGUGGUUUGCGGUCCGACUAUCCCUAAAGAGUGUGACAGCAUCAAUCUCUAUGGCGGGAUGUGUUUCAGCAUUAGUCCAUCACUUCAACAAUAUGGGCCGCUGCCAUCUUCUCUUGAAGAGUGCAAGGCUACAGAUAUUGCCUUCUUACUGGAUGGAUCUGGAAGUGUGAGAGAUUACCAGUUCAGGACCAUGAAAACGUUUGUGAAAGAUCUGAUCAGAAAACUUCUGAAGCAGAACACCAAAUUUGCCUUUGCCCAGUACUCCUGGGAUUGCAUCAUCCACAUAAACUUUAACCAGUUUCAGAAAACAGGAUGGGAACGUCAGGUGGACAAUAUCCAGCAGAAAAAAGGAGGCACGUAUACUGCCAAAGCCAUCAAGACAGUUGUGGACAGUGUGUUUGAUUCCUCUGCUGGAGCGCGACCGGAUGCCAACAGGAUUCUCAUUGUCAUCACAGAUGGGCAGUCCAGUGAUUACAAUCAAUAUCCCUCUGUCACAGCACUGGCUGACACAAAGAACAUUAUUAGAUACGCUGUUGGGGUUGGCAACGCUUUUAACAACCAGAGAGCACUAAAUGAGCUCAGGGGCAUAGCAUCCUCACCAGAAUCAGACCACAUGUUUAAAGUGGACAGCUUUGAGGCACUGGACAAAAUUAGCAAUGCCCUGGAAAAGAGCAUCAUUGCCAUUGAAGGAACCCAAACUACUGGUGACUCCACCCAUAUGGAAUUUGCCCAGAAUGGAUUUAGUGCAGCUCUUGUUUCCAGCCCAGAUGAGAGGUUUCUAGUAAGUGUGAUUGGGGCAAACGGGUGGAGGGGGGGUUACCAGGACAUCCCUCUGUCCAGCAGGACGCCCAGUUUUAGGAGGGUUCAUGAGGUCACUCCUGACAGCUAUCUGGGCUAUUCGAUGGCUGUAGCAAGCAGAGACAGACAGAACUACAUCGUUAUGGGAGCUCCCAGGUAUAAACACAAGGGAUUGCUCAUGGUCUUCUUUCCUGGAGACGACCCAAAGAUGCUCAAACAGUCUCAGAUCGGUGGUUACUUUGGAGCAGAGGUGUGUGUGGUGGAUUUGGAUGGAGACGCCAACACUGAUCUGAUUCUGGCGUCUGCCCCCAUGCACACAGAAGGAGGGAGAGAGGGGAAAGUGUUUGUCUAUAAAUUCACCAAGGAGUAUUUUCACAUGGAGGUGUCUGACGCUGGUGUGUCCCUGCUGGGGAUGGAGGGUCAGAGGGGGAGGUUCGGCUCGUCUCUGGCCAGCCUGGCAGACCUGAACGGGGAUGGGAUCAGGGACGUGGCAGUGGGAGCUCCUCUGGAGGAUGACGGACAGGGCAGUGUGUACAUCUUCAACGGGAGGAAACGAGGAGUGAACCCCAACUACUCACAGAGGAUUGCAGGUUCAUCUGUGCGGUCCGGACUGCGGUUCUUUGGCCUGACUGUGGCCCAGUCUGCUUUGGAUCAGAGUGGAGACGGGCUUCCUGACAUUGCAGUCGGGUCCAAAGGAGCGGUUCUGCUGCUCAGGUCCAGGCCCAUCGUAUCCAUGGUGACCAGUGUGACCUUUACCCCACCCAAAAUCCCCACCUCUAUCUCUGGCUGCACGGGUUCCCAACAGAUCACAGCAUCAGUGUGUUUCAGCAUGACCAAGGCCACUAAUGACAACUUCAAAGACCUGCAAGCAGAACUCAGCUACACCCUGAAACUGGAUUACGUCCGGCAACGGACUCGCGCCUACUUCACAGCCAAUGAAAAAGAGAAAAACUUCCAGUCCCAAGUGUCACUACAAAAAGGCUGUUUCCAGCAUUCUUUCUUUGUGCAGUGCUCACCUGAGGAUGCUCUGAGUCCUGUGGACGUCCAGGUGAUCGUCUCCUUUGAGGGGGUUCCUAUACAGACUGCAGACGGCCUGGUACCACAGCUGGCCAGCGGCCCCAUUAAAGUCACAGACCACAAGUUAAAUUUUGAGAUUGACUGUGGAGAAGACAAAGUCUGUGAAGACAACGUGCGAGUUGACAUUUCUGGGUCCUCCACCAUAGAGGUUGGCAUUGCACAGGAGAUGAAUGUGACGGUGAUGGUGGAGAAUAGAGGUGAAAACUCCUACAACACCCGUGUGUCUCUGUCCUACCCCCACGGCCUUUCCUACAGGACCUUCACCAAGACCCAGGGCAGAGUGGAGUGCAGUUCUCUAGACAGUCCAGAUGGAUCCACCCAGGGAAAGACUGAAUGCAGCAUCAACAGACCCAUCCUUAGGGCUGGUGAUAAGGUUGUCUUUAUUGUUCAGUAUGGAAUUGAUGGCAACAGUCAAUUUGAUGACAUAGUCACCAUACAGGCCCAGGCUUCAAGUGACAACGAUAAACACGCUCCUGAUAGCGAACUGUCCAAGACUCUGGACAUUGGGGUCAAAUACAGCAUCUAUGUCAUACUGAAAAGAUUUGAUGGCUCAACAAACUACAUUAAUUUUACCGCCGGUAAUAACGACCUACAAAAGCCAGUGAUGCAGAAUUUAGAGGUGACAAAUGGCCUUAGAGGACUCAAUCUGACGACCAUCAUACAUGUUCCAGUAAAACUCAAAGGCAAAGACAUCUGGACAAAUGUGGACAGCCUAAAUAUCCAGGGAUGCACUAGAGGGGGGGAGAAGAGCCCAAUCAUCACAGACCUGCAGCACACCUUCAAGGACAACAAGGAGCCUGAUGUGAACUGCUCCAUUGCUGUGUGUCUGGAGUUCAGGUGUACGUCAUACAUGACUAGAGACGCCCGCAGAGUUUACCAAAUCUUAGGGAACGUGAGCUCAGGAUGGAUUGAACAGACUGGACUGCGUUCUGCUUUGUUCCAUUUGGUCAGCUCUGCCACGCUGGAGUACGACAACAACAAAUACAUCUUCUACUCCUCAGACUCCUCACGCCUCGCACCUGUCGCCAGGAUUGAGACUCUUGUGGAGGUCUAUGAGGAGCCAAAUCUAACUAAGGAGAUCAUUGGUGGAGUAGUGGGUGGUCUGAUCCUAUUGGCUCUCAUGACAGCUGGCCUCGCCAAGUCGGGCUUCUUCAAGAGUCAGUACCAACAGAAACUAGUGGAGGCAGGAGCUGAAGCACAAGGAGAAGAGGAACCACCAGAAGCUGUAGCAGAAUAA